UCAAGGCGCUUUUAGCGUAGUUCUUCUAUCAGGUCCUCCGUAUUCAGCUAGAUUCAGAGCAAAUAGUGCAAUGAGGAGAUCCCAGACGCGCGCCCCGGCGGGCGUCUUGCUGCUGGCCACUGCUUUCAUCUUGCAGGGCUGCAACGACGAGGAGCAACACCAUCAUGGUAGCCAGGAUCGGCAUGAGGUAGAGACGCUGGAUGGUUCUGACGAACACGGAAACCUCCAGGAUGCCAUGGACAAGGUUCCAAACAGCUCCCGGCGCAUCGCGGAAGCGCAUAUGCUGGUGAGCCAGUCUCCAAACCUCUACAGCCGACCUGGCGGAGGAGCCGCAGAUGUCGGGAAGUUCGAUGCCAGCACGGGUGUCACCAAAGAUGCCUCCCCGGGCUCCGGCGGUCGCUUGUUGGAGGCUGAGCGCGCAUAUGAACGAGCUCUACUCGCUGGCACUGACGCUGACAGACAGGCACACAUGCUGAUUUCAGAGCAGCAUCUGGCCGAAUGGCUGCGAACCAGCUCCACCACCGCCAAGAGCACGACCACCACCACACCCACCACGACAGCCACUACUUCUGCAGAGUCCACCUCUUCGCAGGCGUCCACAAAGAAGCGCACAACCAGGACCAGCACUACUGUCGCUAGCACCACUACCAUCGCCCCAGAGACCACGGGGGCGGCACAGGUGACCACGCCGGCGGAAGUGACCGCUGCCAUGGUGGGCGAGACCGACAAGACGGUGCCCAUGUCCCCGGUGGCGGAGGAGGAGCUCAAGCUUGAGAAGGCCCAGAAGUUCGCCGCCAAGGUGAAACACUAUCACAGCGAUGAGGAGCCAGAAGAGCAAUGGCAGGCCAACAAGGCGCCCAAACCUGCUGCAGCCACAGGCGCAGCGCUCCCCACGGCCUCGCCUGACGCCGAUACCCCGACCACGACAGAGGCGCCGACCACGACAGCGGCGCCGGCGCCCGCAGUGACGAUGCCGGGCAGCGAGGACCUGGACGACGCGGAAGAGAAGAAGGAGGCCCAGGAGCUGGAGAAGAGCCUCCAGGACAUUGCGAAAGAAGAGAAAGGAAGCAAGCCAAAGAACCAGGCGAAGGACUCAAACAAGGCAGAUGUCGAGGAGGAAGAAAUGCCAAACUCCUCUGCCAUAGAGUUGUCGCCAAAGGCCCGCGAAGCCGUGAGCGUGCGGCCGGACGCCAAGUAUGCAGCUCUGAAGUCCCAGGCGUCUCGCGCGCAACGGAUGCAGAGACUGCAGCACGAGCACGAGGCCAUGCUCGAGCUUCAGUUGCGGCAAGACCAGCAGCUGGAGGAGUUGCGCCGAGACCUGCAGAGGCGCCAGGACGACGAGCUAGAACGUUUCCGCCGGCGCCAGAAGAGUGAGAUGCAGCUGGAGCAGAUCAGGAUUGACGCGGCAGAGUCCUUGGACGCGCCAGCCGCCAUGCUGGAACUGGGCCACGGCUUCCAUCGCAGGAAGCACGGGUCCCGCAAGAUGGGCCAUUGGCUCCAGGAGCUGGUUGACGAGGAUGCCUGAGGUGCUGCCAAGAGACUCCAUCGACGAACGCUGAUGGAAGGGGCUUUCUAGUGCAA